UAUAAAUUCCGAUUCUAAGGCAAGCGCGUGGAUUUAGCUCGGCUUUUGAAAUGGAACCAAUUUCGCAUCUUAUAAAGCAAAGUCUGCCCAAUUACCUAUCCAGCUUACCGAUUCCCGAUACCAUCGGAGGCUGGUUUAAGUUAUCUUUAAAGGAUUGGCUUGCGCUCAUUCCGCCUACAGCCGUGGUUGCUGGCAUUGGCUAUAUGAGCUAUUUGGCUUUUUGCCCAGCUGCCCAGGGCAGAUGCAGCGCAAGGAGCGGUCGUGUCAAUAAUUUUGUAAAAAAACAUGAGGCAAAGGUUGUGGAUAUGAUCGAUGUGGAGGAUAUUGCUGAGAAGGUGGCCCUUUGUCGUUGCUGGAAAACCAAGUCGUGGCCCUAUUGCGAUGGCAGUCAUGGCGAACACAACAAAUUGACGGGAGAUAACGUGGGACCUGUUGUCGUAAGGAAGUAAAACAUACUGCUUUUAAAAUUAGCAUUUGUUGAAGUUUUCUAACAAAAAAUUCUGUAACUAAUUUACCCAGAGCUCAUUUAUAAUUUGCCUUUAAUGAUGCUUCAAAAUUGUAAUCAAUUGCUAGUUUAGUAAAAUCCGAAAUCUAUUCUAAUGUAACUUUAAAAGUGAAGCCAAUAAAAUUGCCGAAAUGAAUUGAA